AUGCUCAUCGGUCUGCCAGAAGGCCCCACUGCUCUUUUCAAGCUCUCCAGUCUGGUCUUAAGGACAUCAAGCCUGCUGGCCUCUCUGUUUCCGCAGGACCCAGAGUUUAAGGGCAGAAGGGUGGUCACUCUGCACAACCAGCGCGAUUUCAUCUUCUUUCGCCACCACAGGUACAUAUUCGAAGAUCCGGAGGGGAGAGACGAGUCGCUGGGGCUGAGAAAGAAGAAGGCAAGGGAAGAGAAGGAGAGGGCGGGCCUGCUGAAGCGCAAGAAAGCGGCUGAGGCGGCAGCAGCAGGGAAGAAGACUGGCAGCUUGGGCGCAUCCCUGGGCAUUUUCACACGGCUGCAGGAAUGUGGUCCGCGAUUCACCCUCAAGCUUACGAGUGUGCAGCGGGGCACGUUUGACUCCAAGGGAGGAGAGUACGAGUGGGUGUACAAGAACGACAUGGACACAAGCAGGAGAGGGUUCUUCCUGUAA